GGCGGCCGGACUCGGUUUCCCGGCGGCCCCCGAGGCGGGGCGCGGCGCGGCUGGGCUGCCCGAGGGCGAGGGUGAGGGCGGGAGCGACAGGCGGCCCGGGCCGGAGCGGCCGCCUCCGCAAUGCCGCUGCUCGUUGAGGGGCAGCGAGUGCGGCUUCCGCAGUCCGCCGGGGACCUCGUCCGAGCCCACCCGCUUCUGGAGGAAAGAGCCAGACUUCUCAGAGGUCAGUCUGUUCAACAAGUGGGACCCCAGGGCCUUCUGUAUGUUCAGCAAAGAGAGCUUGCAGUAACCUUCCCAAAGGAUGGCUCCAUCUCCAUUCUGGGUUCUGAUGAUGCCACCACUUGUCACAUUGUGGUCCUGAGGCACACAGGUAAUGGGGCUACCUGCCUGACACACUGCGAUGGGACCGACACGAAGGCUGAGGUCCCCCUCAUCAUGAACUCCAUAAAGUCCUUUCCCAGCCACGCUCAGGGUGGAAGGCUGGAAGUGCACCUCGUGGGAGGCUUCAGUGACGAUAGGCAGUUGUCACAAAAACUCACCUAUCAACUUCUUAGUGAAUUUGACAGACAAGAAGAAGACAUUCACUUAGUGACGUUAUGUGUGACAGAACUAAAUGACCGGGAAGAAAAUGGAAACCACUUUCCAAUAAUUUACGGCAUUGCUGUCAACAUCAAAACUGCAGAGAUUUACAGAGCUUCCUUCCAAGAUCGAGGUCCAGAGGAGCAGCUGCGUGCUGCACGAGCUCUAACAGGAGGACCCAUGAUUAGUAUUUACGAUGCAAAGACAGAGCAGCUUCGUAUAGGACCGUAUUCCUGGAUGCAAUUUCCACAUGUGGAUUUCUGGUUGCAGCAAGAUGAUAAGCAAAUACUAGAGAACCUUUCCACUUCACCUCUGGCUGAGCCACCCCACUUUGUUGAACAUAUUAGAUCUACCUUGAUGUUUUUAAAACAAUACCCGUCUCCAACUAAUGUGCUCUUUCCUGGAAAUAAAGCUCUACUCUACAAAAAAAAUGAAGAUGGCUUAUGGGAAAAGAUCUCUUCUAGGAGCUACCAAUAGGAAUUACCAAAGCAAGUGGCCUUCUGGCAUGACAAAGACCAUGGUGGGGGUUGGAGAGAGUUCAUAUUUAGAAUGUACGUCUGUUAAGUCUUAGGUCUCCCCCCUUACAUCUUUCAAAUGACUUUCAUUCAGAUAACUUUAAAAAUAAAAUCUUAUUUUGGCAAA